UAAUUACUUAAAGUAUUGAAUUUUUCUUCAAUUUUGAGUUUUUUUCCCAUUAGCUACUCAGUAAAUUUAGUAAUCGAUAUCUACUCUAAGAAUUUGCACUUUAACUUAUUUUAAUUAUUUAAAGCAAACUAUAGAUAUUAACAAGCAUGUUUCGGCCCACAACAAUUUAAAUAGGCCUACUCUUUCAGUCUUUCGUUCUUGUCAUCCGUUUAAUUUUGUCUGUUCACUAGCGCUAGUAAUGCUUUUUGCGUAUACACCGUACAGGCCUUUUUCAAAGGCCGUGUAGGGCAACAGGGCAAAUAUGCUAAACUAGAUUGAAGAUUCUUGUCAGACAGAUGGUGUUGAUAUUACUUGUGUUAAAGUCCUAGCGGAGAGCUGUUUUAUUUUUCAUCCACAACAUUUUUAAAUGGUGAAAGCAUCAUGCCAUUUUCCUUUGUCAAUAAGAGAAGGUACUAAAAAAGGCUGGUGUUCACAGAAAAUAAAUUUUUAUAAUGGCUGAUGUUUCUUGGUGAACGUGUUGUCUUCCGCGUACGCGAUAAUUCAGGAAUCUAGAUUCAACAUGGAUUUUUCUCAGAUGAUUCAAGGAACUCGGCAGUUCUUCCAAGGACAUCCAGGAAAACCCAGAGAUGAUAUUGCCAAUAGUGAACCACACUUGAUUGAAACAAAGUGUGGUUUAAAAAAGAAUGAGCCUUAUACUUAUAACCCUACGUCAUAUUCAGAUGUGAUCAAGUUAAACUAUCCGCCUGUUCAAUCAUCCCAUGGAACAUCAUCUGUGCCCCGAUAUUAUUCUAGGCCCUUUUGUGAACAAAUUACCUACCAACAAAAGGUUCCUUCUGCAUAUCAGGUUAAUGAAUCCUGUGCAAGGGAUAGUGAUCCUAGGAGUGCAUCCUAUGCCAAGCCCAAUAACUCACAAAUCAUUACCCAUAAGCCUGCAAUUCAGUAUGAAGAACAGAAUGUCUGGGAAAACAACGGUUAUUCAAAAGUAUGCGAUCCCUCAUCGAAAAUACCAUUAAAUCAAGUUCCAACCUUCUCAAUGGCUACAAACCUAAAUACCAAUUUUGAUACAUCAGUGACAUAUCAAGCUCAGCAGCAGCAGCAAGUUCCUUAUAGAACAAAUGAGUAUUUUGUUCCAGCUCCAACGUAUUUGCAUCAAGACUAUGCGUCAAAAGCAGCUGAUUUUUCUCAAUAUUCUGAUAUUGUCGUAAGACAACCGUUUAUUCAAUCGACUGCAAUAGUACCACAUGGGCAAGAUUGUAAUUCUACAAAUGUUUACCAAGAGCAACGCUCAUCGUCUCUUCCUUAUCCGGAGAAUGCAGUCACAAUGAAUUUUCGGGAUCAAGACCGGCAACAAACUUUUAGUAAAUCAUUUGAUGCGGCACCGAGUCUGUUACGUCAAACAGAAAAUUCAUCGGUAGUUGUAUCCCGUGAAUAUUUGUUGAAUCAACAGUACACAUUACCGGCCGGUCGAACGAACCAACAGCACAUAUUGCCUCACGGACAACAGCAGUGGGACUCUAAAAUCCAAUGCGCUUCAGUCGGACAUCAUGUAAUACGACAAAACAAAGAAUGCGUUCGUUCAGCAUGUCCGCAAGAACAACAUAAUGUUUUUGAAAACCGUGAGAUAACGAGACCACAUCAGAAUCCUCAACAAAACUACCACAGUCAAGAGCUUUCCAAGACAACUUCAAAAAAUUGUGCCUUUAUUCCAUUUUAUGCAAGUGCUGAAACUGAAACAGCGUUUCGUCCGUCAACAAAUUCUCAAGCAGAUCAAACUACUUUUGUAACUGGGUCGUCAUCUGUUAAAACCCAAAGUAACAUUGGCAGUGGUUUUGCUGGAGUUAGUGUUAUUCAACAUUCAAUGAAUAAUAAAGCAAUAUCUGUUGGUUUUAUCAAGAAAAACGAAGAACGAAAGAGUGUUAUUAGUUAUACGAAUCAACGUGAUUUAGGCGGUGAAAGAUCGACUACGGUUCAUAUUAGUUCAACAAAAUGUAGCCAAUUUGAAACAGUUCCAAUUCACGCUAUAGUUCCUCAGCCGAAAAAACAACUAACUCCAUUAGGAUGCGACAGCUUACGUCCUGAUAUCCCUUCUAAUUCUACAAAGCUACUAAAUCCAGUAAAUGCAGCGGUGACUGCGAAGACUGUAAAUAGUUCUCCGUUGGACGUGAAGCAAUCACCCAGCAAGGCGAUGAAACCGCCUAAAUUAAAAGUUAAAUCGUUUGGGAAUUCAGUGAAACUUAUCCCACCUUCCAAUGCAGUAUCGGUUGAUACAGCGUUGAUUCAAUCGGAUCCUAUAGUUUCUGAUGAGAAAUGGGAAGAGUGGAAAAGCUCAUUUGACACCGAAUGGACCGCAUUCGUGGAAGAUCUUGCAAAUUCUAGAAACAUCAAAAUAAUACACAGGGUAACUCAACCAGUCCCCAAAAGAAUCAAACGGAGAGAAGACAUACCAAAACCAAGUAAACACUCGAAUACUUCAGGUUCUACGUCAUCAACAAGCUAUUCAAAUGCACAGAAUUCGAGUUCGACUGGUGGAGGAAAUUCUGAAAACCAAGUUCUUACAAGAGGAAGACUUCAAGAUUUGGUCAGAGAAGUAGACCCCAAUGAACAACUAGAUGAAGAAGUUGAGGAACUCUUGUUGCAAAUUGCUGAUGAUUUCAUUGAAUCUACAGUAAAUGCUUCCUGCCAACUGGCUAAGCACAGACAAGCAACAGCACUAGAUGUGACUGAUGUCCAAAUGCAUCUAGAACGCCAAUGGAAUAUGUGGAUCCCAGGAUUUGGAACAGAUGAGCUUAGGCCAUACAAGAGGGCUCCAGUGACCGAAGCUCACAAACAACGAAUGGCUUUAAUAAGAAAGCAAAUGAAAAAAUUUUGAAUACAUAUGAAUCAUUUUUGUAAACAUGGUUAAUUAACAAUAAAUUUAAUGACUUCUA